AUACCUACAGAACCAAAUGCAGACUCAACAGUCGGUUUAUCACAUUUUAACGAUAAUAUUGUAAAGACAACAAGUUCAACUGCCACAACAAAUAUUCAUACAAACAAACAGACUGAUUCAAUUGAAACAACUUCUCAAAUUCCUACCAACACAGAAAAUACGUUCACGACAAAGAAAGUACAAACAACCACCAAAAUAGAGUUCGAAGCUACAAUAGGUAACAGUCAUAAAAUUACUGAAACCGAUUCCACUACUUCAAGUGAUAUAAAAACACCCGAAUUAACAAAUACGGAUACCAAAAACCAGACUCUCGUUCCAGAGAUUUUAAAGACAACUGAUGUUGUUUUAACAACUACAGAAGUAAUAAAAACUACGACCAAACAAUCUACGUUUAAUAAGACCGAAAUUACCACAGAUAAUAAUGAAAUCACAACAACGGAAUAUGGAGAUACCUUAACAAAUCUAACUACUACAGUUGAUAUCAAAAACCAGACUCAAGUUUCAGACAUUUCAUCGACGAGUGAUGCUGUUUUAACAACAACAGAAGUUAUAAAAACUACGGCCAAACAAUCUACUUUUAAUAAAACCGAAAUUACCACGGAUAAUAAUGAAAUCACUACAACCGAACAUGGAGAUACCGUAACAAAUACAACUACUACCGCUACUAAAGAAGCUGAUACGAAUAGUGAAAAUUCAAACCAAGAUAUUACAACUCAAUCUUCAAGUAAAAGUAUAACCACUAUUGGACCGGAGAUGUCAAAAAAUAAUGAUAUUGAAAGUACUACGACUACAAGUUUAAAUAAAACAAGCAACAAAAUAUCAGAACGGAAUGCUAAAAAUUUCACAGAAACUUCAAAAAUUAAUGUGACUACGACGGAAAGUCCAGAAGUUAAUAAUAGCACAACAGAAGGUCAACAACAAUCAAAACAUUUUGAUGAUAUACCACAGAAAAACGACACGAAGAGUCAUUCAAAAGGAGAGUCCAUAAAAUCAGACUUAAAUAAAUUAUUGGAAAAGAAAGUGUUUUGGGACUGGCUCACCGGAUGGACAUCAGUCUAUUUCGACGUUUUAGAUGAGAGCAUCAAGGAGCUAGUGAGAGAAGAAGUGGCUUUGGAACUAAAAAAUAUAACCGAAUUAGUUAAAAAUAAACAUAACGACGAAACAGGUGUAUCACCAACCAGAUCAAUACCGGAAAUUAAUUCUAAUGAAACAAGAAAAACAUAA